GGUCAUUUUGCACCGACUUGGUUGCAGCAGCAAGGCCAGAGAGUUUGCCUUGACUCCCCUCACUACCAAAAUAAAUGCACAGGGCAGGAUUGUUCCACUGGGCUGCUGCGAGUGGGGAGAGGGAAGAAGGAAGGAGAUGGUACGUGCCGACGGCUCUGAACUGAAUGCGGUGAGGAUUGCUAUGUACGGGAGAGUUCAGGGGGGAAAGAGGAGGGAGUCUCGGAGCAGCCGAGGCUCGCAGGAUGGCGAGAGCCAAGCUGAAGAAUUCCCCUUCCGAGAGCAACUCGCACGUGAAAACCGUCCCACCGGCAACGACCGAGGAUGUCCACGGGGUGAGCCCCUUGUUACCAGCUCGGAGGAUGGGAUCCCUGGGGAGCGAUGUCGGACAAAGGCCCCACGCCGAGGAUUUCAGCGUGGAUUCCUCCUUCUCGCAGGUGCAGGUGGAGUUCUACGUGAAUGAGAACACCUUCAAGGAGCGCCUGAAGCUCUUCUUCAUCAAAAACCAGCGGUCGAGUCUGAGGAUCCGGCUCUUCAACUUCUCGCUGAAGCUGCUCACCUGCCUGCUCUACAUCGUCCGCGUCCUGCUCGACAACCCGGAGGAGGGCAUAGGCUGCUGGGAAUGCGAAAAGCAGAACUACACGCUCUUCAACCAGUCCACAAAGAUAAACUGGUCACAUAUCUUCUGGGUGGAUAGAAAACUGCCACUGUGGGCUGUUCAGGUCAGCAUAGCUCUGAUCAGCUUCCUGGAGACCAUGCUGCUCAUCUAUCUCAGCUACAAGGGGAACAUCUGGGAACAGAUUUUCCGCAUUUCUUUCAUCCUCGAGAUGAUCAACACAGUGCCCUUCAUUAUCACGAUAUUCUGGCCUCCUCUGCGGAAUUUGUUCAUCCCCGUUUUUCUGAACUGCUGGCUUGCCAAGUACGCCCUGGAAAACAUGAUAAACGACCUGCACCGAGCCAUCCAACGGACCCAGUCGGCGAUGUUCAACCAGGUGCUCAUCCUGAUCUGCACCCUGCUCUGUCUCGUUUUCACGGGCACCUGCGGCAUCCAGCAUUUAGAAAGAGCAGGUGAGAAGCUCUCCCUCUUCAAGUCCUUCUACUUCUGCAUCGUCACCUUUUCCACGGUGGGCUACGGAGACGUGACACCAAAGAUCUGGCCUUCCCAGCUCCUCGUCGUCAUCAUGAUCUGCGUUGCCCUGGUCGUGCUGCCGCUGCAGUUCGAGGAGCUCGUCUACCUGUGGAUGGAGCGGCAGAAGUCGGGAGGCAACUACAGCCGUCAUCGGGCCCAGACAGAGAAGCACGUUGUGCUGUGCGUCAGCUCCCUCAAGAUCGACCUCCUCAUGGACUUCCUCAACGAGUUCUAUGCCCACCCGCGCCUGCAGGACUACUACGUGGUGAUACUGUGCCCCACGGAGAUGGAUAUCCAGGUGCGGCGGGUCCUGCAGAUCCCGCUGUGGUCGCAGCGGGUCAUCUACCUCCAGGGCUCCGCGCUGAAGGACCAGGACCUCAUGAGAGCCAAGAUGGACAAUGGAGAAGCCUGCUUCAUCCUCAGCAGCCGAAACGAGGUGGACCGCACGGCAGCGGACCACCAAACCAUCCUGAGAGCCUGGGCUGUGAAAGAUUUUGCUCCAAACUGCCCUCUCUAUGUUCAGAUCUUAAAGCCGGAGAACAAGUUUCACGUGAAGUUUGCCGAUCACGUCGUCUGCGAGGAGGAGUGCAAGUACGCCAUGCUGGCGCUUAACUGCGUCUGCCCCGCCACCUCCACGCUCAUCACGCUGCUGGUGCACACCUCCCGAGGCCAGGAGGGCCAGGAGUCCCCAGAGCAGUGGCAGAGGAUGUACGGGCGCUGCUCAGGCAAUGAGGUCUACCACAUCCGCAUGGGCGACAGCAAGUUCUUCAUGGAGUACGAGGGGAAAAGCUUCACCUACGCCGCCUUCCACGCACACAAGAAGUACGGCGUCUGCCUGAUCGGCAUCCGGAGGGAGGAGAACAAGAGCAUCCUGCUGAACCCCGGCCCGCGGCACAUCAUGGCCGCGUCCGACACCUGCUUCUACAUCAACAUCACCAAGGAGGAGAACUCUGCCUUCAUCUUCAAGCAGGAGGAGAAGCAGAAGAAGAAGGGCUUUGCGGGCAGGGGCACCUACGACGGCCCGUCCCGCCUGCCCGUGCACAGCAUCAUCGCCAGCAUGGGUACAGUGGCCAUGGACCUGCAGAACACCGAGUGCCGCCCCGCCAACAGCAGCAAGCUGGCGCUGCCGGCGGAGAACGGCUCGGGCAACCGCAGGCCCAGCAUCGCGCCCGUCCUCGAGCUGGCCGACACCUCGUCCCUGCUGCCCUGCGACCUGCUCAGCGACCAGUCGGAAGACGAGAUGACGCAGUCGGAUGAGGAGGGCUCAGCGGUGGUGGAGUACGUGAAAGGCUACCCACCGAACUCCCCCUACAUCGGGAGCUCCCCAACCCUGUGCCACCUUUUACCAGAGAAGGCCCCGUUCUGCUGCCUGAGGCUGGACAAGGGCUGCAAGCACAACAGCUUCGAAGACGCCAAGGCCUAUGGGUUUAAGAACAAGCUGAUCAUCGUGUCGGCAGAGACGGCUGGCAACGGACUGUAUAACUUCAUUGUCCCCCUUCGUGCGUACUACCGGUCCCGCAAAGAGUUAAACCCGAUUGUGUUGCUUCUGGACAACAAGCCAGAGCACCACUUUCUGGAAGCCAUCUGCUGUUUCCCCAUGGUUUACUACAUGGAAGGCACGAUCGAUAACCUGGACAGCUUGCUGCAGUGCGGCAUCAUCUACGCCGACAACCUGGUGGUGGUGGACAAGGAGAGCACGAUGAGCGCGGAGGAGGACUACAUGGCCGAUGCCAAGACGAUCGUCAACGUCCAGACCAUGUUCAGGCUCUUUCCCAGCCUCAGCAUCAUCACGGAGCUGACCCACCCCUCCAACAUGAGGUUCAUGCAGUUCAGAGCGAAGGACAGUUACUCGUUAGCCCUUUCCAAGCUAGAAAAGAAAGAGCGCGAGAACGGCUCCAACCUGGCCUUCAUGUUCCGCCUGCCCUUCGCGGCCGGCCGGGUCUUCAGCAUCAGCAUGCUGGACACGCUGCUCUACCAGUCGUUCGUGAAGGACUACAUGAUCACCAUCACCAGGCUGCUGCUGGGCCUUGAUACCACGCCGGGCUCCGGCUACCUCUGCGCGAUGAAGAUCACGGAGGACGACCUGUGGAUCCGGACGUACGGCCGCCUCUUCCAGAAGCUCUGCUCCUCCAGCGCAGAGAUUCCCAUUGGCAUCUACCGCACGGAGUCGCACAUGUUCGCCACCUCUGAGCCCCACGACAUCAGAACGCAGUCACAGAUCUCCAUCAAUGUUGAGGACUGCGAGGACACGAAGGACGUGAAGGAGCACUGGGGCAUCAAGACGAGCCACCACAGGAACUCGUGCUCCAGCGACCAGUCCGAGCACCCGCUGCUGCGGCGCAAGAGCAUGCAGUGGGCGCGCCGGCUGAGCAGGAAGGGCAACAAGCACUCCAGCAAGACGGCCGAGUGGAUCAGCCAGCAGCGGCUCAGCCUGUACCGACGCUCGGAGAGGCAGGAGCUGUCGGAGCUCGUCAAAAACCGCAUGAAGCACCUGGGCCUGCCCACCACCGGGUACGAGGAUGUAGCAAAUUUAACAGCCAGUGAUGUGAUGAAUCGGGUAAACCUGGGAUAUUUGCAAGACGAGAUGAACGACCACCAGAACACCUUGUCCUACGUCCUGAUCAAUCCUCCCCCGGACACGCGGCUGGAGCUCAACGACAUCGUGUACCUGAUCCGCUCGGACCCGCUGGCGCACGUGGCCAACGACGGGCACAGCCGCAAGAGCAGCUGCAGCAACAAGCUGGGCCCCUGCAACCCCGAGACGCGGGACGAGACCCAGCUCUGAGCACACCCCCGGGGCUUGGGGGCGAAGGGAAAGGAAGGGAAAGGAAGGGAAGGGAAGGAAGGAAGGAAGGCUGCUGCCCCGCGCUGGAGCCGGGCGAUGCCCAGCCUGGCUGAGAAAUGCCCCGGAGGGACGGGACAGACGGACAGACGGCCAGCUGGCAGUCACCCGCGUGGGUGUUUUUAACAUUUUGUAUGAAUACCGCAACUAGUGAGAACGUCUUCGCUGGUGCUGGUGGGAUGUGUCAGAAACCACAACUGAGGCUGCUCAGCAGGAGGAUGCAGGUCGUUUGCAAUUUUUGGGGCACGGUUGGUACAAGAGAAGCCACCCUGUGCUCAUCCUGCUCCUCUUUUGCCAGACAUCCCUGAGGGAUACCCAAAAUGUGGCUCUUUCACCCCGGUGUUCCCCCUGUCGGCUUGCUGGGUGCUGCCGGGAGCUGCGCGGAGGCGCUGGGGAGGACGUUGCAGCCCCCUGCAGCGCUCUGGCGGCAUCUCCAGAAACCAAACCACACCAAAAAGACAAAAACGGACCCAAAGCUGUGCCAGACGUCUGCCACGGGCCUUGUCGCAUGUGCCCAGGCGUAGCCAAACACUGGCUCCAGCGGCUGCCACGCCGGGUGUCGCGGUGGCUCUUGGCAGGGUGCGUGAUGCUGGCACCGGCCACUGCUCCUGGGGCUCAGCACCAAAGGCACCGAGGGCAGGGAUGUGUCCCCAUGCUGCCCCUUCCCCUUGCCCCCAUUCCCAGGUUCUCGCAGUGCUGUUUGUACCCAGACCCCGCAUGCCAGCGGCUCCUGCCCGCGGUGGCGGUGCGUGGACGCACAGCCCGGCCUCGCCGCGGCACCGCGCUGCCGCCCGCCCGCCCCGGCUGAGCGGCACAGACCUCUGCAGCAGAACACGAGAUGUAUUUUCCAUCUAUUUUUGCACACUUUACAAUGUUGACGUGUAAAGGUUUUCUUUGACUGCCAAGUAAAUAACCGAGUUGGUAACUUUAUAUACUUUUACAUUCAUAUGUUAAAACUUAAAUGUGAUUUUUUUUUUUUUUUAAUUUUUUUUUUUUUUUGGAUGAGAAGCCUGUAAAGCACAAUGUGGCCAUGCCAUCCCGGCAGCAUCCCAGUCGCUGCCAGGUGGGUGGGCUUUUGCCGUUACCAUCUGCCAGUCCUUCUCCAUGACACAAAAUAAAAGCUGUUUACAAAAACCUGAUAAAAACUGCGGCACCUCGCAAAGUGGGUUGAGACUGGACAGACCUUUGUGGCACCUGAAAAAGGAGGAAAAAUUCCAGUUCUGUGCAAGCUGUUGGAGGUCUUUGGGAGGAGGAAAAAAAAAAAAAAAAAAAAAAGGCCAGCUGGUAGUCAAUAGGACUUCUGCAUGCUGAUGGUUGGACGGGCUCUGGGCUUGGGCUUUUUGUAAUCCUAAUUUUUGCUGGUUUGCUGGCCAUGAGGCCCUGCACAACCUGCAGCCAGGCAGCCCUGCCCCUUCCCCUGCGCUUAGACAUGGGCACAAACAGAACCAUUUCUGAUGCUUUUUACUUUUUUUUAUUUGUUUGUUUUUAACUUUUUUUUUUUAUCUUGUUGGCUCUGGCAGACACGUUUUAUUUAUUUCUGUUUGUACCUUGUCAUGCCAAAAAAUCUGAAAAAGAAAAAGGUUUUGCAGGCUGAACGGCGAGAGCAGCUGGGGGACAGAAGCACGAGGGGGCUGCGCCACGUCAGCCUCGCGAUGCUCUGCUACCGCCAGAAGUGGUGCGGUUGGGUGAGCCUAGGGAAGAGCCCGAAGAGUUUCCAGCCCUGCUUAGCCCCUGGGGACAGCAGAGCAAAGCAGAGCUACGAAACCAAAACACGACGUGGGUGAUGUGAUGCUCCACGUGCUGACCCCCCUCGAAGGGACCGUCCUGUGUCCGGCUGCGGUGUGUGCGGGGCCAAACGCCCCCCUGGUCGGCUCAGCAGAGCUGUGUGGGUCAUCCGCAGCCCCACGGCCCCAGGUUCAGCCACAUCAACCCUCCUUAAACCCUCCUAGCACGGCGGGGGAGGCUGCAGGGGCUUCGUGAGUGUGCCGAGACAGCCGCCCUCACUGUGCCUGUGUGCCACCAAUGCUUCUGUUUAAUGUAUAAAUACUGUAUUUAAAGAGAAAAAGCUGCGUGUAUAAAUCCUACUCAUUUUGCAUACGUUAUUUCUAUGGUGUAAAUUUAUAGCUGACAUUCUAAUGAGAUGUUUAAAAAAAAAAAAUCCUGUAGAUACUUAACUGUGGUCAAUGCAAGUCAGAGAACAAAUGUUUAAUUUUUUUCUAAUUCUUUAGACUCGGUUACAAUACUAAUGUAAAAACAAGAAUAUUUAUUUUUGUAACGGUCCUGGAAACACUGAUGCAUCAAAAAGAGUUGUUUCUGCUUAUAAAAGGGCUGUCGUAGAGGAGCAAGCACUGAUGAAGUUGCACUCUUCAGUGGGUUUGCGUGCUCUGGUGUGCGGCGGGUGCUGCAGAAGCAGCAAGAAGCAGGAGGUAGGGUGCACGGUGUGAUGGCAUGCCAGUUUUGCUUAAACCCAGUGGCUAAGCCAUAACUCACCACAAUACAAAUAUAUAUAUACACACACAUGUUAUAUAUAUAUGUGUA